CUGCGGCUCUACCGCUGAUGCAAGAAAUUUUCGGCGCAGCGGUGUGGGACUGAUCGGGAGACAAAAAGUAGCCAGAUUUCAGACACUUUUCAACCUGCAAAUAUGUCAGGAGACGAGAUGAUUUUUGAUCCCAACAUGACCAAGAAGAAGAAGAAGAAGAAGAAGCCCUUCAUGCUGGAUGAGGACGGAGGAGAGGGGGUGGGAGGAGAAGAGGCUAAAGAGGUGGAGGCAAAGGAGGCAGAACCAGAGGCUGGAGAUGACAAAGAGAUAGAUCUGGAUGACGAUGAAGGCAGGAAGAAAGAGCCGUCUGAUGACUUGAACGAUCUGAACUUCUUCAACCAGAAGAAAAAGAAGAAGAAACCCAAGAAAGUAUUUGAUAAUGAUAUCGAGGAGGGAUUAAAGGAACUAAAAAUUGAAGGCGAACAGACAGAGGCACUGGAGGAGGACAACCUGGACUUGAUGCUUCCUACCAAAAAGAAAAAAUCAAAGAAAGUAGAUUUUGAUGAGGGAGAACUAUUGGAGAAGGACGACGCUCUGGAGGACGAUGAGGGGAAGAACAAUGAUGGAAUCUCAUUCAGCUCCUCGACAGGACCAGCCUGGGCUGGCUCAGAAAGAGACUACACUUAUGACGAGCUCCUGAACCGAGUCUUCAACAUCAUGAGGGAGAAGAACCCAGACAUGGUGGCUGGAGAGAAGAGGAAGUUUGUGAUGAAGCCUCCUCAGGUGGUCCGAGUGGGAACCAAGAAAACCUCUUUUGUCAACUUCACAGACAUCUGCAAACUGUUGCAUCGUCAACCUAAACAUCUCCUUGCUUUCCUGUUGGCUGAGCUGGGAACAAGUGGUUCCAUAGAUGGAAACAACCAGCUUGUGAUCAAAGGCAGAUUUCAACAGAAACAGAUAGAAAAUGUGUUGAGAAGAUAUAUCAAGGAAUAUGUGACAUGUCACACCUGCCGUUCCCCAGAGACCAUCCUGCAGAAAGACACUCGCCUCUAUUUCCUGCAGUGUGAGACGUGUCACUCCCGCUGCUCUGUUGCUAGCAUCAAGACUGGCUUCCAGGCUGUGACGGGCAAGAGGGCGCAGCUCCGCGCCAAAGCCAACUAAAGGCCACCGAAACUGGGCUCCUCCUCCUCUCUCGGCCUCCCCUUUCCCCUAGGGAGGGCUGAAGCUGGGGUCGGACGCCACCUUGAUUUGUUAAAAGGACUCUCUGAAUCGAACUGCGGGAGGGUUUGGCAGUUUAGUUGUGUCAUGGCCUGACCAGGCAGGGAGUGAGAGAGUAUCUAAAGCUGACAGAUGGGGUUGAGGCACUGUAAGCAGAUGAUGUGUACCACAUACACUGUAGGAUGCAUUUGUUGUCUCGCUGAUGAACCCUCUGUCUCCAAGGUUGUUUUUUUUCCCCAUUUGCUGUAAUUCUUGGUUCCUGCAAGAAAAUUCUGAUUUAACAUG